CAAGAAGUUAAAAGAACAUACAACAUUGCCUGGAACUGAAACCAAAGUAGCAAGUUCACAGCUCCAUCUUUCUUCUGCAUUUUCCCCCAACGGUCACCUUCACCAUUUUCAGCACAGAGAUACACAUCACAAAGCUCUCAGUGCAAGGAAGCAUUAAACAAAAAUGCCAGACCAACCAACCAUCCAUCACAUGUUUCCUUCUCAAAACCACACAAUAUAUUAUCAAAACACUAUUCAAUAAAAAUAGAAAAGAAUAACACUUUCCCCAGCAGCUGCAGUAACUUCCCAUUCCAGCUUUUCCAAAUUUUUUGUUGUUUUUUGUUUGCUUCCCCAUAAAUCGUUUUUGGGCUUUGGAAGCGAAAAGUCGCCAUAGCCAGAAUCAGCUCAGAGAUCCCAACACAACCCAGAAAGCUGAAACCCCAAUGAAGAAUCACAUUAUCACUACCAUUUGAGAGCUGUGGACUCCAUAACCCAGCUGGCCAGCUUAUCAUUUUUCCUUCUCUCUUAUCACAUUUCCCCUGUCUUCGUCGCCAUUGGCGGUAGUGAAGUUACUUACUGCGGCGCUUUGCUCGUCCUUUUCCUUCGCCUUUUACUCAUUUUCCCAGGAAAAAGGGGUCUAGUCCUUUCUUUUCUUUUCCCCCCUUUGUCCUUGUUCUCUGCUACUGCUAUUUUCUCCGCAACCAAACAAGUUGAUGAAAAUGGGGAGAAGGGUCGGUGUCUGAUUUUUGUUUCCGGUCUUCUCUGUCAGUUAAAUUUGUGUCCCGUGAAAGCUUCCCAUUGCCACUGUUGAGCUAAAAACCAUGGUGGUUUCCUUUACAAUGAGCUAGGCUGCUGCAUCCAUUAGUCCUUUGAGAUUUCUCCUUAGGGUUCUGUUCUGUUUUGAGAGAUUUGUCUAAUCUAGUAGAGUUUUUACCUCGAAGAUGUUUGGCUUCUCCAAGAAACGUAUGAAGCUUGGCAGGGUGAAGAAGGUACAGCUAUCUGAUUCUAUCUCUACGCCAGGAGCUAGAAGCCCCAUUAGACCUCCAAAAAGAGCUCCAAACCCUCCUGUUCAUAAUGAUGGGGGUGGUGCGGCCACAACAAGCCAUUGUGAUGAUCAGCUUGACUGUGAAUGCCAAAAGUCAGCUCACCCAGCUGCUGAUAUUGGCAGCUCAACUUCAGGGAACUCUGAGAAUUGGAUGGUUCUGUCUAUUGCUGGAGACAAACCAGCUCCUAGGUUCAAUCAUGCAGCAACUGUAAUUGGCAACAAAAUGAUAGUGGUUGGUGGUGAAUCUGGAAGUGGUUUGUUGGAUGAUGUCCAGGUGCUUAAUUUUGACCAGUUUACAUGGACCACCGUUACAUCCAAGCUUUACCUUUCACCAAGCAGCCUGCCAUUGAAGAUCCCUGCAUGCAAAGGCCACUGUUUGGUUUCUUGGGGUAAAAAGGCACUUCUAAUUGGAGGGAAAACUGAUUCUCCAAGUGAGAGAAUUUCAGUGUGGGCAUUUGAUACAGGAAGUGAAUGUUGGUCUCUUAUGGAAGCCAAAGGCGACAUACCGAUAGCUCGCAGCGGUCACACUGUGGUCAGAUCGAGCUCCGUACUAAUCCUAUUCGGUGGUGAAGAUUCCAAGAAGAGAAAACUGAAUGAUCUACACAUGUUUGAUCUCAAGUCUCUUACAUGGCUUCCCUUGCACUGCACUGGAGCAGGACCUUCCGCUAGAUCGAACCAUGUAGCUGCUCUUUGUGAUGAUAAGACCCUUCUCAUCUUUGGAGGGGCAUCAAAGUCGCGUACCUUGAAUGAUUUGUAUUCUCUCGACUUCGAAUCGAUGGUAUGGUCGAGGAUAAAGAUUAAGGGUUUCCAUCCAUCACCUAGAGCUGGUUGCUGUGGAGUUCUUUCUGGAACCAAGUGGUACAUAGCUGGUGGAGGAAGCAGAAAAAAAAGACACUCAGAGACCUUGAUUUUUGAUGUUCUGAAAGUAGAAUGGUCUGUUGCCUUUGCAUCACCAUCUUCUUCUAUCACAACCAAUAAGGCAAGAACGGAAAUUAUCAUUAAGACAAUUGUUUUGUGUAUGUUAAUAUGUUUGUGGUCGUUAAACUUCUUCUUUUCUCCCCGACAGGGAUUCAGCCUAGUGCUUGUGCAACAUAAAGAGAAAGAUUUCCUAGUUGCGUUUGGAGGAUCCAGAAAGGAGCCUUCUAAUCAGGUUGAAGUAAUGGGUUUGGACAAGCAUGAAUCAUCAAUGUCUCGGAGGUCUGGUAAAGGUCCUCUUGGGGACUCUCAGCGUUCAGUUGACUCUGUUGCUAGACAGAACUUGGCUUCUGCAAUCGAGCAGCAUGGUUCUGGUAGAAAAUCUAUGUCGGAGUCCGCAAUCAUGGAUUCAGGUUGUGCCUCUGGAAAUGUCUCCCUCAGAAAGCAAUUUCACGAGGAAGAACACAACAGAGUUGUCAAGAUGGUUAAGAGCUCAGAUGAAGGAAAUGUGACGUCUCCGGGGAAAGAACAGCAAAUGAAUCAACCCAACACAUCCGUUCAGACUUAUAACCAGCUGGGCAAAAUCAUCAGUGAGGAUAAAUCUUGUGUCUAUGGUAGUUCAUCAGACCUUAGAGUUGACACUGAGCGAGUGGCAGUUCCAGAGACUACUGACUACCCUUCCGGAGGGCCGCACUCGAGUGUCUAUCAACUGUAUGAAUCCAAAAUAGCUACUUUAAUAAAGAAGAACGGAGUACUAGAAGGACAACUCGCGGCAGCAUUGGCAGGUCAAGAGGUGGCUGAGAAGGGUUUCUCUGCGGUCGUGAAGAGCAAGCAAGAUGUGGAGAAGAAGUUGGCGGAUGCUUUAAGGGAAGUGGAGUUGCUGAAGGAGAAGAUGACUAGUUUGGAGAUGGCCCAUGAAGAGGCCAACAGCAUGUCGAAUAUCGUCCAUUCGGACAACGUGAGGCUUGAACACGACGUGGCUUUCCUCAAGGCUGUUUUCGAUGAUACCCAGAAGGAGCUGCAUUCGACUAGGGGAGUACUAGCUGCAGAAAGGGCAAGAGCGUUUCAGCUUCAGGUAGAGGUGUUUCAUCUGAAGCAAAGGUUGCAGUCUUUGGAGAACCGAGCUCCGACUCCUAGGAAACCGUACCAUGUUUAGAAGGCAGAGGAAACAGUAGCUUUUUGUAACUUGAUUCUGUAUAUAGGGGUACUAAAAAAACCCUAAUUCACGCUUUGUUUCUACAGCCAAUUGUAUUUGAAAUUAGGUUAGAAUGGCAACCAAGCAUGUUACUAAUGCAGAAGUGAAGAUCUUUCAUUUCAGUGCUUAGCUUUAUCCAGUUCAAAUUGAAGUUAAUUAGUGUUUUUGAAAGUUAUGGUGAAGUCCCUUCAGUUGAAGUUCUCUUUCUUGUAGAGUGGAAUGUAAAAUUAAGUAAAACAAAAGCGCACAACAAUGUUAACAUGAAACUACCAGGAUGAAUGAUGUUGUUUAGCU